CCGGAAACACGUAAUAUUAGCUUGCUUUACAGGAAGUCGGUCUGUUGUUUUUCCGGUUAGACGCGGAAGAAGGAAGCUGUUAGCAUUAGCUGAUCUAAACCAUACACGUCACCGACACAGUAAGUUUUCGGUAGGAUGUCUCCACCAUGUCUCUGAAGGACAUGUUGCAGGAGAGAAUUGGCGUGGCCAAAACGCUGUGUCAAAGGGCCGAGAAGCUCAGUCCCUCUGUGGAAGGCAGAGGGAAAUUAUGCAGCAAACUGCGAGCAGAGCUCCGCUUCCUGAGGCGAGUGGAGAGUGGCGAACUGCUCAUCAAAGAGUCCCACUUGCACAGCACCAAUCUGACCCACCUGACCGCCAUCGUGGAGUCUGCUGAGAGUCUUGAGGACGUGGUCGCCGUGCUGCAUGUCUUCUCCUACCAGGACACCGCCAGCCGCAAGCAGACACUGGUGGUGGACGUGGUGGCCAAUGGUGGGCACACCUGGGUCAAGGCGGUGGGCAGGAAAGCCGAGGCUCUACACAACAUCUGGCAGGGGCGGGGCCAGUACGGCAUCAAGAGCAUCAUCCGACAGGCGGAGGACUUCGUGCAGGCGAGCUGCCAGCAGCCCGUCCAGUACCUCCACCCCCACGUCGUCUUUGCCUUUUACAACGGCGUGUCCAGCCCCAUGGCAGAGCGCCUGAAGGACAUGGGCGUGUCUGUCCGCGGGGACAUCGUCGCCGUAAACGCGGUGCUGACAGAGGAAGAGGACGAUGAAAACGAGGAGGAGGAAGAGGAGUCCGAGCUGACCAGAGUGGACCGCGACAACGUUGUGGCAAGCCUGGCAUUCCCCACACAAGUCCGCACCGAAGAGUGUCCCCGCGUCAACCUUGACAUCACCACGCUCAUCGCCUACGUGUCAUCGCUGAGUCACGGCCGCUGUCACUUCACCUUCAGAGAGCACGUUCUCACUGAGCAGGCCGCUCAGGAGCGCCGCCAGCAGGUGUUGCCGCAACUCGACGCCUUCAUGGCGGGGAAGGAGUUGUACGCCUGUGCCGCUGCCGUCCAGGACUUCCAGCUCAUCCUGGAUACACUUGGCGGGCCCGGCGAGAAGGAGCGCGCUCGCCAGCUGCUGGACCGCCUCCACCUGGUGGACGACCGGCCUUCAGAGCGGGCAUUGCGCCUCACGCCGAGUGCCAAGGUAAACCGCCGCUCCCUCUUGAUUUUUGGCACCGGAGACUCGCUGCAGGCGGUCACCAUGACGGCAAACAGUCGCUUUGUCAGGGCAGCGGCUAAUCAGGACGUCCGGUUCAGCGUGUUCAUCCACCAACCGCGAGCUUUGACUGAGGGCAAAGAGUGGAGGGCCAAGCCAAUCAGUACAGCAGCUGAUGGGAGUUCAUAAAGUGUUCAAACUUGAAUAAAGCAUAAAUACAAUUCCUG